AUGCUACCUUGGUCUGCCACAGCAGCACCAACGCCGGAUCCGGAAGCACAGAAACUCGCCGAUCGAACAUACGGCCCCAUCCCGGGACAGUCGACUCUCUUCAGCGACUACAAGGGCAAAGCGCCUCCAUUCCCGGGCAAUAUUACUACACCGAUCCUUCCUACAGCUUCUGGGGACCCGGGGCCAGACGACCAAGUCUGGCAAAAUCUUCUGUCAGCCGAGUGGGCUAUCUUCAGCUUCUACCAACAGGGCGUCGAAGCCUUCAACACUUCGUCUUUUGUCGCUGCUGGCUUCCCAAACACGACCUACGAUCGCAUCACGGAGAUCCGUAACAACGAAGCGGGACAUCUGCGCAUCUUCCAGAACCAGAUCUCCAACACUAGUGUCAAGCCGGGGUCAUGCAAGUACGAGUAUCCAUUUGUGGACGCCACGAGCUUCUUGGCAUUGACCACGUACCUCGAAGUCGCCAGCAUGGCUUUCUUGACCGGUCUGGUCCAAGAACCUAAGAGCGAGGCCGCGCGUGGCGCCAUGGUCGCUAUCGCAACAGUAGAGUCGAGGCAUGAGACCUGGUCGUUGCUGGACGUCUGGGGGGCGAACCCGUUCUCUGGACCGAGCGAUACUGUGUUCCCCUACGCCAACGAGAUUCUCGACCUGACAAAUGCCUUCAUCGUGCCGGGAAGUUGUCCAUCCACGAAUCCGGAGUAUCCCAGCCCGAACCAGCACCUUCCGGCCAUGUCAGCCGCGACUGGGACAAAAUCUAUUGCUCCGGGGGCCGAUGUAUCGUUCAACUUUACGAACGCGGCUGAUCAGCCAGAGUUUGACGACGGAAAGAGCUACUACGCGGUUUUCUUUCACGCCGUUGGAAAUACUAGUGUCUCGGUUGAUGUAUCAGGAUGGGAACCUGGGGAACUUGUCAACGUGACAAUUCCAGCCGAGUUCGAGACCAAGGGAAUUAUCAUCGCCGUGUUGGCAGAUUGUCCAGGAGCUCCUGAAUUGCAUACGGUUGUGGCUGGACCUAGCAUCUUACUGCAACAACCAGCAACCAUUGGUCUGCUUCUGGCUUGA